GCGAACGCGCGGUCGUCGUCGAUGACGGGCAAGGUGCGCGCGGGGCGGAGUAAGCGCGUUUUCAUCGCCGUCGCGCUGCUCGGUACGGCGUGCGUCGUCGCGUCGUCGCGCGAACGACGCCUGUUCUCGGGCUCGAGGCGGGCGCGCGCGCGCCCUGGGCUCGCCGCCGACGUGUCGCGAGCCUCGGGACGGGGCGACGGUGGAUUCGCGCGCGCGACGUCCGACGGCGGCGACGAUGCAUUCGCGAACGAUCCGCGCGAAGACGGCGACGAUGGUGACGCACCGUGCGACGCGCCUCGUCGCGUGCGCGAGGUGAGAGAAGGCGCGGCGAGCGCGACGCCCACGCGCGUUUGGGACGAGUACGUUUUGCGCGGAAACGAUCUCCCGCAAACCGAAUACGCGUGCGAGGGCGCAUCGCGACGAGAAUACACGAGAUUUCUCACGUGGAAGACCACGUGCGUGCCGGCCGUGAAAGCGCCGUUUAUAAAAUCGUUCCUCGAGUGCAUGCCGGAUUUGCGAUACGUGUUCUUCACCGACAAGGGCAUCGCCAAGUUUUUGGACGAGUACGCCAAAGAAAGUGGAAUCGAGGGCAUGGACGAGGCCGUGCGUAAAAUGAACAGCUCGCGAUCGAACCAUGGGUUGAAAUUGGCGGAAAUGUCGCGACCGCUUUUACUUGAAAAGUUUGGAGGAUUGGCGUUUGACUUGGACGUGGAAUGCAAGAAGUCGUGGCGGCCAAUUUUGAGCGAGUUCGAGGCGCUCAUGGUGCUCGAACCGGGCGAUGAGAGUCGCGGUGGGAUAUAUCAGCACUUUGAUUCGAGCAAACCGGACGUCAUCUCUCCUCUUUUGGCUGAUUUUAGUUCGAAAAUAGACGUGUUGAGCAGCGUCAUGGCGGCGGGGAAACCACACAGCGAUUUCUUCCGAGAAUUAGCUGCGUUCAUGGCGCGAACCGUGACCGACGCGCACUUUCAAGUAGAGAUUAACCCAGUCGUAAACAUAGGGCCAGUUUUUCAUUACAGCUUUCUAGAGCAUUGGUUUGCGCACAAACCGCCGCGGGCAAAGGGCGCCGCCGUCGCGUCGUACUUGCUUCACUUUGCCAACUGUUCAGCUUGCCUCGGCGUACAUCAUGGGGGGUGUACUUGGUGUGACGAAAAUUUCGAACCUAAAGGUGAUGCGUGCGUUGAUAUCCGUGAAAUUCUUCCGGGGGAUAAGUUGACUAUUAUGGAUGGAUGAUCGCGACGUCGACAAAGACUGCAAUUUUUGUCGGCGCGGGAACGUAACACGGUGCAAUAG